GUUUCUAAAGCUGCCGCUCUUCUGCUGUCUCUGUUCUACCACACAAGAGCAGCUUCACACCAUGUUUGUUCAGGCUCUGCUCAUCUGUAUUGUGCUGAGAGCACUUGGUGCUCAGGCAAGAGUAGCCGAUGACUUUGAGUGUAAAGAAUUUUUCUACAAAAAGACAGAACCAGGGGGAAUGGAUCAGAAUGCCAAGAAAAUCUGUCAGCAUAUGGAAAGCUUUGGCUCGUUUUAUGCUACACUGUACUCGGUUCAUCACAGGAUUCCUCUCUACAGCGCCUACAAAUUUGACCCACAAUGCUCUGACGACAGAGGAAGGAUAAACGUCUGGCAUUUAGAGCCACAGAUUUCCGAACCUCAAGGGCAUGGGCUAUACUAUAUGGUCCGUGAGACUGAAGAUAAUAAAUACACUUAUAAAGGAAAUCAAGCCAUCAGCGAUGACUACAGCGACACCGGAUACGAUCGCGGACACCUGUACCCGAACAGCUUCCAGUGCGGUGAAGGCCGUACGGCAACAAAUACACUGACCAACGCAGCACCUAUGGACGCGUGUUUCAAACGUAACAAAUGGGGAAAGUGGGAGAAAAAUUUGAGGAGUUUUUUAAGAGACAUGCUUAAAAGUGACGGUGGUGCUGCUACAGCCUUCAUUGUCACAGGUACAGUACCCAAUGCGAAUCUACGGAUACCACAAAGAGAAGUCUCUGACGACCCUGAAAGAGUGACGGUGCCCUCUCACAUCUGGACAGCUGUCUGUUAUGAACACUCAGAUGACACAAAGUCUUUCUCCUUCGGCUAUAUAGGGGAAAACAAGCCGGAAGGUGACAUAAGCCUGAUGAGCGUCUCAGACCUGAACAGACAAAUACAAAAUCUCUAUCGUCAGCCCUCAGAAAUUAACGUUUUUGUGGAUGAUUGUUUUGGUGACAAUAAUAAUAAAUUAGAGAAGGUUAAGGCCAAAUUUCAGACAUUAAUCAAUCUACCAGUGAACCAAGGAGUCCAAAUGAUCUCAGCCAUACAAAACACGUAUCUCGCAGUAAAAAGCACCAUCGGCAGUGAUGGCAUAUCUGAAAAGAAAGUCAAGGGUGAGAUGACAUUAAAAUUAGCCUUUGACAGCAUGAGCACUUACCACAAUGUAGCAGAGGAUCUGAAGGUUUCUGUAGGAAGUGCUUGUCUUAUAACACUAGUAAGGGACGUAUCAGGGGUGUCAGAUGCUGUCGAAUGCCUGCUGGUCCCAGAGAAGCAAAAGACUGCAGCUGAUGGAUCACGGUGCUUGAGCGUCUCAGAAUCUAGUGACGGCUGUCAGUGCAACACAGCAGGAGGAGAAAUUAAGCCCUGCUGCUCCACUCCCUGCCUGUUCCAGGACAAACUCCAUUCCUACAGGUGUUACUCAGGCCAGACGCUGAUCAAGUGCUCACCCCGGUACUCCCUCAUCACGUAUACAGGAGAGAGAUGCAAGGAUGAUCACCCAUGUGCCACAUACGGUCAGGACUACUACUGGUGUAGUACCAUCGAUGGCAGCUGGGGCUACUGCAGCCCUCCGCUGUGGACGAGUAAAGCUAUAAACGGGAAGUACUGCCGCAGUGACCACGCCUGUGCCACAUAUGGUUCUGGAUAUAUGUGGUGCUAUACGGAUAAACAAGGAAAUUAUGACUACUGCUGUACUUCUGAUGACUGCUACUCAGCUCAGAAUGGCCAAACCUGCCGGUCUAAUCACAAGUGUGGCUACCAUGAUAAAAAUUACCUGUGGUGCUACACGGAUUAUGACGACAACUGGGAUUACUGUUGCAAAUCAUGUCAGUGAUAGUUGGUUUACAAUGUGUGGUAUGAUUAUGACUAAAGCAGAACUUGGCAAAUUUGAUUGAGAUUGUACUAUGAGCUCUUACUAACUACAA